CCAAAAUUUGGGGAUAUUUUAGCAUUAAAUAAGGGAUUUAUUUGAGGGAAAAUAUUAUGGAGGGGCUUAAUGAUCAAAAUGUCCAAAUUUGAGGGACUUAAAAAGAAAGAAAAUUAGGAUAAGGAUGGCUGAGUUGUUCUUUCUUUUUCUUCUUCCUUAUCCGCGUGAUCUGCUCUUCUUCUUCUCCCCUGCACUCGACAAGCCCCUCAAGCCACCGACUUUCUUCCCCCUUGAGAAACCCGGUGGGAUCUUGAUGAAUUCUCUUCCUUUCUUGUUAAAUCACAAGAUUUGAGGCUUAGAAUCUUCCCUCUCAACCCAGAAAAUCCCAGAUUUGCUCUGCUCUUCUCCCCUGUCCGCCGGCUGCUAUGUGGGUUUGAAUUUCUGGGCAUUUUUUGGUCCGUGAGUUUCCCCUGCAGAUGCCGCCGGCUUCUUCUCCCUGCUAGGUCUGGUUCUUGCUAGAAAUUUCUGGUAUGAUGGCCACUUCUUUAAGCCCUAAAUUAGCCAUUUAAUUGCUGCUUUGUGUGUGUUCGAAUUGUGCCAGAAAUGGGGAGGAAUUCCGGUAGCAUUUAGUAGCAUUUUAAAUGUGUUUUAAGCUUGAUUAAGUAGAAUUGAGCUUGAAUUAGCUGCUGUGAUGUUUUGUGUGAAAAUUUCCAUGUGUGUGAAUUGUGAUUUGCCAAAGUUAUGCUCUCCCUGUGCUGCCGUGAGAAAUGGGAAAAUUUUGGUAGAUUAAGUUAUGUUUUUAAGCUUGGUUUAAGUGUAAAUUAGC